CGGCGGUGCUGGGCGCUGUGCUGCUGUGGCUGUGCUGGCGGGCGGCGGCGGAGCGGCUCCGCUACUCCAUGGCCGAGGAGCUGCCCAGAGGCUCGCUGGUGGGGCCGCUGGCCCGGGACCUGGGGCUCAGCGCCGACGAGCUGCCGGCGCGCAAGCUGCGGGUGGCGUCUGCCGGCAAAAAGCAGCUGAAAUACUUCACGGUGAGCGAGACAAACGGGAACCUGUACGUGAGCGAGAGGCUGGACCGGGAGGAGCUGUGCGGCGAGUCGUUGUCCUGCUCCGUCAGCUUCGAGGCGCUGGUGCACAACCCGCUAAAUGUUUUCCACGUCGAGGUGUCCAUUCUGGACGUGAAUGACAACUCUCCGGUCUUCAGAAAGGCUGUUUUGGAUAUCGAGAUCGGUGAAUGGACGCUUCCUGGUGCUCGUUUUUCUCUGGAGAUGGCCCACGAUUCAGACGUGGGCAGCAACUGCCUGCUGACUUACCAGCUCAGCAGCAACCCGUCCUUCUCUCUGGCUUUAAAGGAGAACCCUGACGGAAGCAAGCAGCCGCAGUUAGUGCUGGAGAGAGCCUUGGACCGGGAGAAGCAGAACUCAUUUGAGCUGGUGAUGACUGCAGUGGAUGGCGGGGACCCCGCGAGAUCCGGGACUGUUCAAAUUCGCGUCAACGUGACGGACUUAAACGACAACCCUCCCGUGUUCAGCAAAAGUAUUUACGAUGCGCGAGUGGCGGAGAAUCUGCCGGCGGGGUCGCUGGUGCUGCAGGUGCGGGCCACGGAUGCGGACGCGGGCUCCAAUGGGCGGGUCUACUAUUCCUUCGGCGACGUUUCGGAAGUCGUCAGAGCGUUAUUCACUGUCGACAGCGAGAGCGGCGAGGUCAAGACGGGGGAUCCCCUAGACUUCGAGGAGAGGAGCAAGUACAGCUUUGAACUGAAGGCGACGGAUGGAGGCGGGCUCACCGGUCACUGUCAAGUGCAGAUAGACAUCACGGACGAGAACGACAAUGCCCCUGAGAUCACAGUUCUGUCGCUGUCGAGCCCCGUUUCUGAGGACGCGUCAGUCGGAACCGUGGUGGCCCUUCUGAACGUGAACGACCCGGACUCCGGCGAGAACGGUGAGGUGUCGUGCGAGCUGUCGGGAGAGGCGCCGCUGUCGAUCGUGGCGUCGUCGGGCGGCUCCUACAAGGUGGUGACGGCGAGCGCGCUGGACCGCGAGCAGGCGUCCGAGCACCGCGUGACGGUGGUGGCCCGGGAUCGGGGCAGCCCGGCGCUAUCGAGCGUGGCGGAGCUGAUGCUGGAGGUGUCGGACGUGAACGACAACGCGCCGGUGUUCGAGGAGGCGUCGUACAGCGCGUACGUGCGGGAGAACAACCCGGUGGGCGCGCUGGUGUUGCGCGUUGUCGCUCGGGACUUGGACGGCACCUUGCCCUACUCCUACAACCUGUGCGUGGCGGCGCCGCCCCGCGCCACCCCCGAGGCCGCUUGGCCGCCGCCGCCGCUGCCCAUCGUGCCCGCGGAGGAGCUUGUGGCCGGGGAGCCCUGCGAGAAGGCGAGUCCGAGCAGCAGCGCCGUCGUGGAACAGCCGCCCGCCGACCCCGACGCACCCCAGUUCUCGGUGGAAAGGGUGAGAAAAAGCUUCAACCACUACCGCUACAAAAUAGCUGUGCAAUUUGCCGGGAGGAGGCUGCGGGCGCCGCUGUUGACCGAGAGGAGCGAGAGGAAGGUCGGAGCGCUGCAGCCCCGCCCGCUGCGGCCCGGCUCGAUCGCUGGAUCACUGCCUGUCAGGAUAGGCGGCCGAAAGACCUGCGAUCGUCUCCGCGGUGCAGAGCCGCGCUACGGAGAGGCGGCGGGGCCGCAAGAAGCGAGGCGUAAAAGUAGCGGGAGCCUGAUCGGCGGUCGGUGGCGGGGAUCUGCCGGCGGUGUUGCGGUGCCGGCGGCGCGGCGGCGGAGAUCCGAGGGGUUUGCGAACGUUCCCCCGCUGCGGAGCAGAUCUCUAGCGAAGCGGAGGGGCGGGCGGCAGAGGCCGAGAGCGGAGAGCAGGUGCGAGAGCCAGAAUCGGAGCGGGAGCUGGAUCGACGCUAGCGCGGCGGAGAUGUGCGCGGCGGGGAGGCGCUGGGGCCGGCGGCAGCGAGUGCUGCUGUGGGGCGUCCUGCUGGCGGCCUGGGAGGCGGCGUGGGGGCAGCUGCGCUACUCGGUGCCCGAGGAGAUGCCCAAGGGCUCGUUCGUGGGCGACGUGGCCAAGGACCUGGGGUUGCAGAUGCUGGCUCUGCGGGAUGGCGGUGUCCGCCUUUUGGACAAAGGUAGGACGCAGUAUUUUGCUCUGCAUGGAAAGACGGGACAUUUAGUGACGGCCGAGAGGAUCGACAGAGAGCAGCUGUGCCGGCUGGUGGAGCAAUGCGUGCUGCGCUGUGAGCUGAUAGUGGAGGGGGAAAUGAAGGUUUACGGAAUCCAAGUGGAAAUCACGGACGUUAACGACAACGCACCCAGCUUCCGAGAGGCAGAAACGGAACUGAGAAUGAGCGAGACGACAGCCCCGGGAUCGCAGUUUCCCCUCCCAGACGCUCACGACCCGGACUCGGGACGGAAUUCCCUGAAGAGCUACGAGCUUAGCGGCGACGAGCACUUCUCGCUGGCCGUGCAGACGGGCCCCGGCGGGGAUCAGCGUCCCGAGCUGGUGCUGGCGAAGGCGCUGGACCGGGAGGAGGCGUCGUUCCACGAGUUGGUGCUGAGGGCGAGCGACGGCGGCGACCCGUCCCGGACGGGCACGGCGCGGAUCCGCGUGACGGUGCUGGACGCGAACGACAACGCGCCCGUGUUCAGCCAGGCGGAGUACACGGUGCGUGUGCCGGAGGACGUGCCCGUGGGCUCCACCCUUGUCACUGUCACGGCCACUGAUGCCGACGAGGGCUUGAACGGGCACGUGAAAUAUUCGUUUAAGAAAAUAAUAGAACAAGAGUCGCAGAUUUUCCUGCUAGAUGCUGAGACAGGAGCGAUCACACUGUUGCGAAGCCUGGACUUCGAGGAUGGCGAUUCCUACGAGCUAGAAGUGCAAGGACAUGAUGGUGGAGCACUCUUCGACACAGCUAAAGUCGUAGUCACCGUGACAGAUGUGAACGACAACGCUCCUGAACUGAUAGUGUCGUCGGCGCUGAGUGAGAUCUCAGAAGAUGCCCCGACGGGGACUGUUGUGGCCCUGCUGCACGUGCACGACCGAGACUCGGGGGCCAACGGCGAGGUUCGCUGCUCCCUUGACGGUAGCCACCCGUUCCGCCUGGAGAAGUCCUUUGAGGAGUACUACCGCGUGGUGACAGCGAGAGAGCUGGACCGGGAGCAGGAGUCGGAGUACAACGUGACGGUGCGGGCGGCCGACGGCGGUCGUCCGUCGCUGCAGAGCAGCAGGGUGCUGUGGCUGCGGGUGCUGGACGUGAACGACAACGCGCCGGUGUUCUUGCAGGAGCGCUACAGCGCUCGGCUGUCGGAGAACAACGUGGCGGGCGCGCUGGUGCUGCGGGUGCGGGCGACCGACUCGGACUGGGGGGAGAACGCGCGCGUGCGGUACCGGCUGGGGGAGGGUGGUGUGCGGGGCUCGGCGCUGCAGGGCGGGCAUGUCUCGUUCGCGCUCGGUGCGUGCAGUGCCGGGAGGAGGCUGCGGGCGCCGCUGUUGACCGAGAGGAGCGAGAGGAAGGUCGGAGCGCUGCAGCCCCGCCCGCUGCGGCCCGGCUCGAUCGCUGGAUCGCUGGAUUCCUGGAUCGGGAAGCGCUGCUGCGACACCCUGCCGGCCCGGCCGCCGCCCGACGAGCCCGCGCCGCUGCUCGGAGACGAGGAUCCUGCCGGUGCCCAGCAGGCGGACCCCGCCCCUCUCCCGGGCACCUUGCCCUACUCCUACAACCUGUGCGUGGCGGCGCCGCCCCGCGCCACCCCCGAGGCCGCUUGGCCGCCGCCGCCGCUGCCCAUCGUGCCUGCGGAGGAGCUUGUGGCCGGGGAGCCCUGCGAGAAGCCGAGUCCGAGCAGCAGCACCGUCCCGGGAGAGCCGCCCGCCGACCCCGAAACACUUCAGGUGGCAGUGGGCUCUUGA